AUGAGCUGCUCCUCCAUCCAGACUGGGAAGUUUUUAAGAGUCACCGUCAAACUGAAGGUUUCUGAAGUUCUCUUUUAAUGAUUUUGAAAAACUUUUCAAAGUUCUUGUAGUUGUUUUCACCGAGGUCCAAACACUCCAGCUUUUCUGGGGGUUUGUAGAUGCCCAAGAGAAAAUUGAUUUUAAAUCUGUCUGUUGAAUCUUUUAAGUCUGUUUCCAAUGUAGUGACCCAUCUUUCUGCUUCUCUGAAAAUCUAUCUUGUGUUGUUACAGUCUACAUCCAAGAAGACCCUGGCAGACCCCAUCACCUGCUGGACUCUGAGCUCCUGCAUACUUGGUUACAGGUGAGCAUGGAGUACAGAUUCCACUAUCUAUAAAAAAAACCUGGUACAGCAGUUUUAUCUGAUGCAUCCAGAUUUCCUAACCCCUGCCAAUUUUAAUCUCUCCCAAACACCAGUGCUUUGCCCACUUUGAGGGACGGAUCUUCUUCAUUCUGGACCCCUUUAACUGAAGUCUGCACCAGCACAGAAACCUGCCUCUGGACACCAUCAGACUCUACCAGAUGCCGUGGGCACCAUCCCCGAGAAACCGGUACAUAAAACAGAGAUAAUGAUUCACUUAUAGGUUAAGAACUGCCGGUCUAAAGAAUAAAUUUGUCCUUUUUUGUUUUAGGACUACACCGAGACGUCGAUGACCCGCUCUUGCUUCAGGACCCGGCUGAAGAAUGA